AUGGGGAUUGAAACGGUUCGAAAGAAGGCUGGUGGUUGUUCUGGUGUUCCUGGUAUUCCCGGUUUGCACGGUGCCCCUGGACGAGACGGUAGAGACGGAGCUAAAGGAGAGAGAGGAGAAACGGGAAGAGGAGAAAAAGGGGAGAAGGGAGACGUCGGAAGAAUGGGAGAAAAGGGGGGAGAGGGGCCCCAAGGGGUUGUUGGUUCCAAAGGAAGCAGCGGAAAGGUUGGAUUACGUGGAGCAAUGGGACCAAGGGGAAUGAAAGGAGACGAUGGAACUAAAGGUUCCAAAGGAGAGCAAGGCAAGGAAAGUCAGGUCAACUGGAAACAAUGUGUGUGGGAUAGAAAAGACGACAAAGACAGUGGAGUUAUUCAGGAAUGCAGAUUUACGAAACGAUCAGGAAAUUCGGCAUUGCGUGUAGCGUAUGCUGGAAACUUAAGAGUCGCCUGUGGCAGUCACUCUUCUUGUUGUUCCCGUUGGUAUUUUACAUUCAAUGGAGGUGAAUGUUCUGGUCCCAUGACCAUCGAGGGUCUCGCGUAUUCAAACAGACAGGGAGACAAUGUUCAUCGUCACAGACAGAUUGAAGGUUAUUGUGAGAACAUACCAGCAGGGCAAAUCAAAGUUGCAUUUCACAUUGGAAAAUGCGCCAGACACAGCAGUACAACAUACGACGGUAAAACAGGAUGGGCUUCUACAUCUCGCAUUAUAAUCGAGGAGACUGCACCUGCACAGCAAUAA